AUGCUAGUUGAGCUUCAUCACUCAAAGCAAUUUUGCUUCUUUUUAAUUCUAGUAUUCUCUAGCACCAUAUCUACGAACGAUGCGUGCAACCAAACUGAACGCAGCUCUCUCCUGUCCUUGGCUCUCAAUCUGUCUUCUCCUUCUUUAAAUUGGAAUUCUGAUAAUUGUUGCUCUUGGGAAGGCAUCACUUGUAAAGAUGGCUGGGUAACCCAAUUGCUCUUACCCUCCAAAGGGCUCAAAGGAGGUGAGUUUCCCUUUUCCCUUGGUUCUCUCACACAUCUCACCCACCUCAAUCUCUCACACAACUCACUUUAUGGUUCACUUGAAAUCAGAUUUCUCUUGUCGUUGAAUCACCUUGAAAUCCUUGAUUUGAGUUAUAACCUUCUUUCUGGAGAGCUUCCAUUUUCUCUACCAUCUAGUAGUAAUAUCCACGUUGUGGAUUUGUCAAGCAAUCGCUUCCACGGGGCAAUCCCAUCUUCCUUCUUCCAACAUGCUUGGAACUUGACUAGUUUCAAUGUUUUUCGUGCUAGUUACAAUAAUCUCUCUGGAGAACUUCCGGAUGAUAUCUAUAAUGCAAUAACACUUGCAAUAACACUUCAAGAAAUUGCUUUACCAAUGAAUUCGCUUAACGGACCCGUUAGCCAUAGAAUUGUCAAUUUCACCAACCUUGCAAUCCUCGACCUCUACCAUAAUAACUUGAUUGGCAAGCUACCUAAAAAUACUGGGAAACUCUCCACACUAAAACUCAUGCUCCUUCAUUUCAACAAUCUAGAAGGUUCUCUGCACCCAUCUUUGAUGAACUGCACAAGCCUUAUAGAACUGAAUCUGGGAUUCAACAACUUCGAAGGAGAAAUCUCCACCCUAAAUUUCUCCAAACUUAGUCAACUUAGUAAACUUGACCUAGGAAGUGCAAUGAAGAUAUUAAUGGGUUCCAAGAGUCUUGCGACCCUCCUUCUUCCGUACAAUUUUAUAGGUGAGGAAAUGCCCACUGAUGAAGACAUGGUUGGUUUUGACGGAUUCGAAAAUCUUCGAAUUUUAGCUUUGGGUGAUUGUGAUCUCACAGGUCAAAUACCUAUGUGGUUAUAUAAGCUCAAAAAGCUAGAGAUCUUGGACAUGCCUUUUAAUAGAAUCACAGGCUCAAUCCCUAGUUGGUUGGGAACUCUUCCAAGGCUCUUUUAUAUAAACUUUGACUCCAACCUAAUUUCUGGUGAAUUUCCAAAGGAGCUAUGCAAACUACCCAUGUUGGUAUCUGAACAAGCUGCAGCUCAAGUAGACCAUAAUUUUCUUGAACUGCCUAUCUUCAUCCAACCUGAUGGUGCUCAAGCUUUACAAUACACCUAUUUGUCUUUCUUGCCGCCAUCGAUAUACCUACACAACAAUAGCAUCAGUGGCAGCAUACCUGUUGAGAUUGGUGGACUGCAGCUUCUUCGUGCGUUGGAUCUUAGCAACAACUUCUCCGGUGAAAUUCUAGUUGGAUCUCUCCAUGAAUCAUUUGUCUGGAAAAAUCCCAACAUCAUUGAGAAGUCUUAA